AUGGCGGAAGACGAAUACCGUCCCGAGGUAGUCUGCGACGACGAACCUCCCAUUGACGCCAAUGCCAAUGCCGACGCCGAUACCGACUCGAGCUCACUCGCCUCUUUGAGCCCCAGUGACGAUGGUCGCUGGGGAGAACGAGAUGCCGGCGACCACGUGUCGCAGCGCGCGGCGAUGGAGGACUUUGAGGAGAUGCGCCGCGAGUUGACCCGGGCAAGCCUUCAGCGGACGCGUUCCACCACCGCGCGAGAGGGUCGCCGGUUACAACUAUCGCGCCCGGCCGUCCAGGCCAAGGACGGCCAGCGCGUGGUUGAUGAGGAGGCCGCGACCGGCCACGACUACCCGGGCGAGCCCUUUGACCUCGGCGGCUUCCUGCUGGGUGGUCACCUCGAGCGCCGCACGACGGCCGGCGAGCCGGCGAAAAAAGUCGGCGUCACCUUCAAGAACCUCACCGUCAAGGGUGUCGUAACGGGGGCCUCCUUUGUGCGUACCUUGCCGGACGCCGUCAUAGGUACCUUUGGCCCCGAUCUGUACCAUCUGGUCUGCCGCUUCCUGCCCUCCCUGCGUUUCGGCCGGCAGCCGCCCGUGCGAGACUUGAUCCACGACUUCAGCGGCAUCGUCCGUGAGGGUGAGAUGAUGCUCGUGCUCGGCCGCCCUGGGGCUGGCUGUAGUACGUUUCUCAAGGCCAUCGCCAACGACCGCCUCACCUUUGCCGCCGUCGAGGGCACCGUCAGCUACGGCGGCAUCCCCGCCGAGGAGCAGCACAAGCACUUCCGCGGCGAGGUCAACUACAACCCGGAGGAUGACCAGCAUUUCCCCUCCCUCACCGUGUGGCAGACCUUGAAGUUCUCGCUCAUGAACAAGACUCGCAAGACUGACCGCGCGAGCAUCCCCAUCGUCAUUGACGCCCUGCUGAAGAUGUUCGGCAUCACCCACACCAGGAACACGCUCGUCGGCAACGAGUACAUCCGUGGCGUCUCCGGCGGCGAGCGCAAGCGUGUCAGCAUAGCCGAGACUCUGGCUACCAAGUCGACCGUUGUCUGCUGGGAUAACUCAACCCGUGGCCUCGACGCCAGCACCGCCCUCGACUACGCCAAGUCUCUCCGCAUCAUGACCGAUGUCAGCAAGCGCACCACCUUUGUCACCCUCUACCAGGCUGGCGAGAGCAUCUACGAGCUGAUGGACAAGGUCAUGGUCAUCGACUCCGGCCGCAUGCUCUACCAGGGCCGCGCCGAUGAGGCCCGUCAGUACUUCAUCGAUCUCGGCUUCUUCUGUCCCGACCAAUCGACCACCGCCGACUUUCUCACCUCCAUCUGCGACCCAAAUGCCCGCCAGUUCCAGGCCGGCCGCGAGGCGUCGACCCCGAAGACCCCCGAGGAGCUGGAGGCGGCAUUCCGCCAGAGUGACGCGUACCGCCGGCGCAUUUGGGACGAUGUCUGCAGCUAUGAGAAGCAGCUCCAGGAUACCGAUCAGGCUGACACCCGGCGCUUCCAGCAGACCGUGGCUCGGUCCAAGAGCAAGACGGUCUCGAGAAAAUCCAGCUACACCGUCUCCCUGGUCCGCCAGGUCGCUGCCUGCAUCCAGCGCGAGUUCUGGCUGCUGUGGGGGGACAAAACCUCGCUGUACACCAAGUACUUCAUCAUCAUCUCCAACGCGCUGAUCGUCUCCUCCCUCUUCCACGGCGAGUCCCUGGACACCAGUGGCGCCUUCUCGCGUGGCGGUGUGCUUUUCUUCUCCAUCCUCUUUCUCGGCUGGCUGCAGCUGACCGAGCUGAUGCCCGCCGUCUCCGGCCGCACCAUCAUCGACCGCCACAAAACUUACGCCUUUUACCGGCCGUCCGCCGUCGCCAUCGCCCGUGUCGUCGUCGAUUUCCCCGCCAUCCUGGCCAUGGUCGUCCCCUUUUCGAUCAUCGUCUACUUCAUGGCGGGGCUUGACAUGACUCCCUCCAAGUUCUUCAUCUACUUUCUCUUCGUCUACACCAAUACCUUCUGCAUCACCUCUCUGUAUCGCAUGUUCGCAGCCCUGUCCCCGACCAUCGAUGAUGCCGUCCGCUUCAGUGGUAUCGCGCUCAACCUGCUCAUCCUUUACGUCGGCUACGUCAUCCCCAAGCAGACCCUCAUCGACAGCUCCAUCUGGUUCGGCUGGCUCUUCUACGUCAACCCCAUUUCGUAUUCAUACGAGGCCGUCCUUUCCAAUGAGUUUUCAGGCCGUCUCAUGGACUGCGCUCCCUCCAUGCUCGUGCCGCGAGGGCCCGGCGCCCAGGUCGGUUACCAGAGCUGUUCCUUGACCGGCUCGCAGCUCGGGAACACGUCCGUCUCGGGGACUAGUUACCUCGAAUCCACUUUUCAAUUCACACGGCAUCAUUUGUGGCGGGAUUUUGGUGUGGUCAUCGCUUUCACGGUCUUGUACAUUUCGGUGACCAUCAUCGCGACCGAAUUCCUCUCCUUUGUUGGCGGAGGCGGCGGCGGGGCCUUGGUUUUCAAGAAGACGAAGCGCUCGAAGCACAUGGCAGCGACUCCAACCAAGAGUGACGAUGAAGAGAAAGCGCCUAAUGCGGGAAACGAGGCCGUUCUGGCAAGGGGCGAGCUCCAGACUACUGGAGAGGAGACCUUCACCCGAUUGUCUUCCAGCGAGCGGAUCUUCACUUGGUCUAAUGUCGAGUACACCGUGCCCUACGGCAACGGAACACGAAAGCUCCUGAAUGGGGUGAACGGGUAUGCCAAGCCUGGUGUCAUGAUCGCGCUGAUGGGCGCGUCCGGGGCGGGCAAGACGACGCUGCUCAACACCCUAGCGCAGCGGCAGAAGAUGGGCGUGGUGUCGGGCGACAUGCUGGUCGACGGGCAUCCAUUGGGCCCGGAUUUCCAGCGGGGCACGGGUUUCUGCGAGCAGAUGGACCUUCACGACAACACGGCGACCAUCCGUGAGGCGCUGGAGUUCUCGGCCAUCCUGCGGCAGGAACGCGAGACCUCGCGCGAGGAGAAGAUUGCCUACGUGGACCGGAUCAUCGAUCUGCUGGAGCUGGACGAGAUCCAGGACGUCAUCAUCAGCUCGCUGAACGUCGAACAGAAGAAGCGGGUGACCAUCGGCGUCGAGCUGGCGGCCAAACCCAGCCUGCUGCUAUUCCUGGACGAGCCUACCAGCGGGCUGGACAGCCAAGCCGCCUUGUCCAUCGUGCGGUUCCUCAAGAAGCUGUCGCAGGCCGGCCAGGCGAUCGUCUGCACCAUCCAUCAGCCGUCGUCGAUGCUAAUCCAGCAGUUUGACAUGAUCCUCGCCCUCAACCCUGGCGGCAACACCUUCUAUUUCGGCCCCGUCGGGCACGAGGGGGCCGCCGUCACCAAGUACUUUGCCGACCGAGGCUUUGUCUGCCCGCCGUCGAGAAACGUGGCCGAGUUCAUCCUCGAGACAGCCGCCAAGGCGACCCAGAAGGACGGCCGCAAGAUGGACUGGAACGAGGAGUGGCGCAAUUCGGCGGAGAACAGUGCCCUGCUCGCCGAGAUCCAGCACAUCCGCGACCAACGCAGUCGCGUCCCCUUGCCCGAGACCGGCAAGCAACAUGAGUUCGCCGCCCCGACUUACCUGCAGACCACCAUGCUCACCAAACGUCUCUUCCUUAAUUACUGGCGCGAUCCGUCAUACUACUACGGCAAGCUGUUCAUCAGCGUCAUCAUCGGCAUAUUUAAUGGAUUUACAUUCUGGAAACUAGGCACAACCGUGUAUAGCAUGGAAGAUCGGAUGUUCUCUAUAUUCCUGAUUAUCUUGAUCCCGCCGAUCGUGAUGAACAGCAUCGUACCCAAGUUCUACAUCAACCGGGCGCUGUGGGAGGCACGCGAGUACCCAUCCCGUAUCUACGGCUGGGUCGCCUUCUGCACGGCCAACGUGGUAUGCGAGAUCCCCGCGGCGAUCGUGACGGGCCUCAUCUACUGGCUGCUCUGGUACUACCCCGUGGGGCUUCCCACGGACUCCAGCACAGCAGGCUACGUCUUCCUCAUGUCGAUGCUGUUCUUCCUGUUUCAGGCCAGUUGGGGCCAGUGGAUCUGCGCCUUUGCCCCCUCCUUCACCGUCAUCUCCAACGUGCUGCCCUUUUUCUUCGUCAUGGUUAACCUGUUCAACGGCAUUGUGCGCCCUUACGCCGAGUACCCCGUGUUCUGGAAGUACUGGAUGUACUACGUCAACCCGGUGACGUACUGGCUUCGCGGCGUGCUGGCCGCUGUCUUCCCCUCGGUGCAGAUCACCUGCGCCUCGGCGGAGACGACCCAUUUCGACCCUCCGCCGGGAAGCACCUGCGAGUCCUACGCCGGCUACUUUGUCUCCCAUGUCGCGGGGACUGGGUACCUGGUCAACCCGGCCGCCACUGCGGACUGCCAGUACUGCGACUACAGCAAUGGGCGCGAGUACAUGCACACGCUGAACGUGCAUGACGACGACAAGUGGAGGUGUUUCGGCAUCUUCCUUGCCUUUGUGAUCAUCAACUGGCUGCUGGUGUAUUUCUUCAUUUAUACCGUCCGCGUCCGACGAUGGUCGUUCGGCAUGGGAUAUCUUUUUGGGGGGGUAGGCACCCUCAAGAGUAUGAAUAAGGUGAUCAAGAAGAAUUAG